UCGCUUAGCAACCAGCACUAACUUUAGAGUACCCUCACUAUUGUGUCGAGGUGUCGAUGUCGUUUCGUUAUCAACGGUUCAUCAUCGUUUAGUCUGGACUCCGAGGACGAGGAUGAGCAGCGCGCGCUGUGUGGAGGGCGCGGGCAGCGUCACCUGGUGGGGAUUCAGCCCCGCGCGGGACCUAACGGCGACAGGACCCGUAAAGCAGCAAGGGGAGCUUAAUGUGUUACUGGUUGGGAGCAGCGAUCCCCGACACAUCCUGAAGACCUUCGCGGGGUUAGAGGACACAGACAGCCUUCACGUAUGGGUGAUCGAGAACAGCGUGGAGGUGAUCGCCCGUCAACUCCUGCUCCUCUCCCUCUCCCUCGCUCCUGAGGAGAGCACUAGCGUCCACAAGAAGGCGGAGACGUUUCUGGAAGUGUUGGGGAACAGCGAGCUGCGCAGCGAGACGGGGGACGCGCUGAGGGCGGCAGCGGCUCGUCUCGUUGACUACGUCACGGUCGGCCAGGAGGCGGAGCCCCACCCAUGCCUCGUAACGUCGCUGCUCAAGUUCCGGGAGCGUGAUGAGCUGGUGCGUAUCUUCAGGACGUGGGCCAAGCCGUGUCCCGAGGGUUCUGGUUCUGUAUCGAUCACCCGGGCCUGGGACGCCCGUGUCCGCCAGCACCUGGGGACGAGGUACGACGCCAGGAGGGGCUGCUUCGACUGGGACCUCGCCAUGAAGCUCCACCAACGAGGAGCUGGAGUCAUCAACAAACAGCAGUACUUUGAGUGGAGGAGUCAGGGCGUGGCCUUUCAGAUGAGAGAGGGCGUCUACAAGACCACCAACCCUACUCUACUCUCCUAUCGAAUACUCAGACAUAGGGGGGACAAGGUGGCUGUAGCAGGGUACUGGGGCGACAUCGUGUCCAGCCCUUACCUGUGUUUCGGGGUCGAGACCUCAGACCUGAGUCUCCUGAAGACUGAAAAUGGAUCCCACGUCAAGACGGGCCAGGACAUCUCGUUUGCCAACGUCCAGGCGCUGCUCCAGGUGCUGUCCUCCAGGGGACAACUGUCCUCCAGGGGACAACGCCCCGACUCCUCCCAGAAGGAAGCAGAGGAAACCCUGGUCACCACACCGACCCCUGGUCUGCUGCUCCCCACCGGGCUCUCGGUGACGUUCCUUCCCCUCGACGCGCUCUCCAGACUCCCGGACAAGAAGAGCUUCUCCCACUUCUUCCACUGCAUCUACCUGUCGGCUGGCAUGGCCCACCAGCUGGGCGGUCCUCUGCAGCAGAUGUGUUCUCCCGGGGGCGUACUGGUCGUGGAGCUGGCCAGGUUUCUUCUGGACCUGAGUGCUGACCAGGAGCGCGGCUUCGUGGAGAAGGUUGUGGAGGGAGCUAAAGAUGCGGGGUUCGACCCCUGGACCCCGGGUGACCCUGACCCCACCCACGCCGUCUUUACCCCACAGACCCCCCCGGACCUCCACCUUCAGGAAGGUCCAACCACAGGAACAAUGUCACCAUAA